GCGAGGAAGGCGGCUCCCGAGGGCGGGAGAGAAACUGCCGUAACUUCUGCCGUUCAGGAGCCCGGUUACUUAUUUAUUCGUUACCCUUUUUCUUCUUCCUUCCCCCAGAACCUUUUCCUUCCUCCCCUCUUUAUUCCCACCCCCUUUUUUGGGAGACGAAAACCCUCCGGAAAGGAGGAACAGCUCCUUUCGUUCCUUUCCGUUUCCCCGCCUCCUUCCCUCCCCCAUCUCUCCUCCCUCUGGCGUUUUCCUCCCAACUCGGGAGGUCCUUCCCGGUGGCCGCCCCGACGGGGUCUGAGCGCCUAGGCGGAGGCGGCGCAGGGUUUUUGUAGGGAGGUUUGCGCCUGCGCAGCGCGCCUGCCUCCGCGAUGCACGGCGGGGGCCCCCCCUCCGGGGACAGCGCAUGCCCGCUGCGCACCAUCAAGCGCGUGCAGUUCGGAGUCCUCAGUCCGGAUGAACUGAAGCGGAUGUCUGUGACAGAGGGUGGUAUCAAAUACCCAGAGACGACGGAAGGAGGCCGCCCCAAGCUUGGGGGGCUGAUGGACCCACGGCAGGGAGUGAUCGAGAGGACAGGCCGCUGCCAAACGUGUGCAGGAAACAUGACGGAGUGUCCUGGCCACUUUGGCCACAUUGAGCUGGCCAAGCCUGUCUUCCACGUGGGCUUCUUAGUGAAGACCAUGAAGGUCCUGCGCUGUGUCUGCUUCUUCUGCUCCAAACUGCUCGUGGACUCUAACAACCCGAAGAUCAAGGACAUUCUGGCCAAGUCCAAGGGACAGCCCAAGAAGCGACUCACACACGUCUAUGACCUUUGCAAGGGCAAAAACAUCUGUGAGGGCGGGGAGGAGAUGGACAACAAGUUCGGUGUGGAGCAGCCCGAGGGAGAUGAGGAUCUGACCAAAGAGAAGGGCCAUGGCGGCUGUGGGCGCUACCAGCCCCGUAUCCGGCGUUCGGGUCUGGAGCUCUAUGCGGAGUGGAAGCACGUCAACGAGGACUCUCAGGAGAAGAAGAUCUUGCUGAGCCCCGAGCGCGUGCAUGAGAUCUUCAAGCGCAUCUCCGAUGAGGAGUGCUUUGUUCUGGGCAUGGAGCCCCGCUAUGCGCGGCCGGAGUGGAUGAUUGUGACUGUGCUGCCGGUGCCCCCACUCUCCGUGCGGCCCGCUGUUGUGAUGCAGGGCUCGGCCCGCAACCAGGAUGACCUGACGCACAAGCUGGCCGACAUCGUGAAGAUCAACAACCAGCUCCGGCGGAAUGAGCAGAACGGCGCAGCAGCGCACGUCAUCGCCGAGGACGUGAAGCUCCUGCAGUUCCACGUGGCCACCAUGGUGGACAACGAGCUGCCUGGCUUGCCCCGUGCCAUGCAGAAAUCUGGGCGUCCCCUCAAGUCCCUGAAGCAGCGGUUAAAGGGCAAGGAAGGCCGGGUGCGAGGGAACCUGAUGGGCAAGCGUGUGGACUUCUCGGCUCGCACGGUCAUCACCCCCGACCCCAACCUCUCCAUCGACCAGGUCGGCGUGCCCCGCUCCAUUGCCGCCAACAUGACCUUCGCAGAGAUUGUCACACCCUUCAACAUUGACAGACUUCAAGAACUAGUUCGCAGGGGGAACAGCCAGUACCCAGGGGCCAAGUACAUCAUCCGAGACAACGGGGAUCGCAUUGAUCUGCGUUUCCACCCCAAGCCCAGCGACCUUCACCUGCAGACCGGUUACAAGGUGGAGCGGCACAUGUGCGACGGGGACAUUGUUAUCUUCAACCGGCAGCCGACCUUGCACAAAAUGUCCAUGAUGGGGCACAGGGUCCGCAUCCUCCCCUGGUCGACGUUUCGCUUGAAUCUUAGUGUGACCACCCCGUACAAUGCAGACUUUGAUGGGGACGAGAUGAACUUGCACCUGCCGCAGUCCCUGGAGACGCGAGCAGAGAUCCAGGAGCUCGCCAUGGUCCCCCGCAUGAUUGUCACCCCCCAGAGCAACCGCCCGGUCAUGGGCAUCGUGCAGGACACACUCACAGCAGUGCGCAAAUUCACCAAGAGAGACGUGUUCUUGGAGCGGGGAGAAGUGAUGAACCUCCUGAUGUUCCUGUCUACCUGGGACGGGAAGGUUCCCCAGCCGGCCAUCCUCAAGCCACGACCCCUGUGGACAGGCAAGCAGAUCUUCUCCCUCAUCAUUCCCGGCCACAUCAACUGCAUCCGGACCCACAGCACCCAUCCUGAUGAUGAGGACAGUGGCCCUUACAAGCACAUCUCUCCUGGGGACACUAAGGUGGUGGUGGAGAAUGGGGAGCUGAUCAUGGGCAUCCUGUGUAAGAAGUCUCUGGGCACGUCAGCCGGCUCCCUGGUGCAUAUCUCCUACCUUGAAAUGGGCCAUGAUAUCACGCGACUCUUCUACUCCAACAUUCAAACCGUCAUUAACAACUGGCUCCUCAUCGAGGGUCAUACCAUUGGUAUUGGGGACUCCAUUGCUGAUUCUAAGACGUACCAGGACAUUCAGAACACUAUUAAGAAGGCCAAGCAGGAUGUAAUAGAGGUUAUCGAGAAAGCCCAUAACAAUGAGCUGGAGCCCACCCCAGGGAACACUCUACGUCAGACCUUUGAGAAUCAGGUCAACCGUAUUCUCAAUGAUGCCCGAGACAAGACUGGUUCCUCUGCUCAGAAAUCCCUUUCGGAAUACAACAACUUCAAGUCUAUGGUGGUGUCUGGAGCUAAAGGCUCCAAGAUCAACAUCUCCCAGGUCAUUGCUGUUGUCGGGCAGCAGAACGUGGAGGGCAAGCGGAUCCCAUUUGGGUUUAAGCACCGGACUCUGCCUCACUUCAUCAAGGAUGACUAUGGGCCUGAGAGCCGAGGCUUCGUGGAGAAUUCCUACCUGGCUGGUCUCACACCCACCGAGUUCUUCUUCCAUGCCAUGGGCGGUCGUGAGGGGCUCAUCGACACAGCUGUCAAGACCGCUGAGACAGGGUACAUCCAGCGGCGGCUGAUCAAGUCCAUGGAGUCGGUGAUGGUGAAGUACGACGCGACGGUGAGGAACUCCAUCAAUCAGGUGGUGCAGCUGCGCUAUGGCGAGGACGGCCUGGCUGGCGAGAGCGUGGAGUUCCAGAACCUGGCCACCCUGAAGCCUUCCAACAAGGCUUUCGAGAAGAAGUUCCGCUUUGACUACACCAACGAGCGGGCCCUGCGGCGCACCCUGCAGGAGGAGCUGGUGAAGGACGUGCUGAGCAACGCGCACAUCCAGAACGAGCUGGAGCGGGAGUUUGAGCGCAUGCGCGAGGACCGCGAAGUGCUUCGGGUCAUCUUCCCCACUGGCGACAGCAAGGUUGUCCUGCCCUGUAACCUGCUGCGCAUGAUCUGGAACGCCCAGAAAAUCUUCCACAUCAACCCACGCCUUCCCUCUGACCUGCACCCCAUCAAGGUGGUAGAGGGAGUCAAGGAGUUGAGCAAGAAACUGGUGAUUGUGAAUGGGGAUGACCCUCUGAGCCGACAAGCUCAGGAGAAUGCCACACUGUUGUUCAAUAUCCACCUCCGGUCCACGCUCUGCUCCCGCCGCAUGGCUGAGGAGUUCCGGCUCAGUGGAGAGGCCUUCGACUGGCUGCUUGGGGAGAUCGAGUCCAAGUUCAACCAAGCCAUUGCCCAUCCUGGGGAAAUGGUGGGAGCUCUGGCCGCACAGUCCCUGGGGGAACCUGCCACCCAGAUGACCUUGAACACCUUCCACUAUGCCGGGGUGUCUGCCAAGAAUGUGACGCUGGGUGUGCCCCGACUCAAGGAGCUCAUCAACAUCUCCAAGAAGCCAAAGACCCCCUCCCUCACUGUCUUCCUGCUGGGCCAGUCUGCCCGAGACGCCGAGAGAGCCAAGGACAUCCUGUGUCGCCUGGAACAUACCACAUUGAGAAAGGUGACUGCCAACACAGCCAUCUACUAUGACCCCAACCCACAAAGCACGGUGGUAGCGGAAGACCAAGAGUGGGUGAAUGUCUACUAUGAGAUGCCUGACUUUGAUGUGGCCCGGAUCUCCCCCUGGUUGUUGAGGGUGGAGCUGGACCGGAAGCACAUGACAGACCGGAAGCUGACCAUGGAGCAGAUCGCUGAAAAGAUCAAUGCUGGCUUUGGUGAUGACCUGAACUGCAUCUUUAACGACGACAAUGCUGAGAAGCUUGUGCUCCGGAUCCGGAUCAUGAACAGUGACGAAAAUAAGAUGCAAGAGGAGGAGGAGGUGGUGGACAAGAUGGAUGAUGACGUGUUUCUGCGCUGCAUCGAGUCCAACAUGUUGACGGACAUGACCCUGCAGGGCAUCGAGCAGAUCAGCAAGGUGUACAUGCACCUGCCCCAGACGGACAACAAGAAGAAGAUCAUCAUCACGGAGGACGGGGAGUUCAAGGCCCUGCAGGAGUGGAUCCUGGAGACGGACGGCGUGAGCCUGAUGCGCGUGCUGAGCGAGAAGGACGUGGACCCCGUGCGCACCACGUCCAACGACAUCGUGGAGAUCUUCACGGUGCUGGGCAUUGAGGCCGUGCGGAAGGCCCUGGAGCGGGAGCUGUACCAUGUCAUCUCCUUCGACGGCUCCUACGUCAACUACCGGCACUUGGCUCUCCUGUGUGACACCAUGACCUGCCGUGGCCACCUCAUGGCCAUCACCCGGCAUGGUGUCAACCGCCAGGACACGGGACCUCUCAUGAAGUGCUCCUUUGAGGAGACGGUGGACGUGCUCAUGGAAGCCGCAGCACACGGGGAGAGUGACCCCAUGAAGGGGGUCUCGGAGAACAUCAUGCUGGGCCAGCUUGCCCCCGCUGGCACCGGCUGCUUUGACCUCCUGCUCGAUGCCGAGAAGUGCAAGUACGGCAUGGAGAUCCCCACCAACAUCCCCGGCCUGGGGGCUGCUGGACCCACCGGCAUGUUCUUUGGCUCCGCGCCCAGUCCCAUGGGAGGCGUCUCUCCUGCCAUGACGCCCUGGAACCUGGGUGCGACUCCAGCCUAUGACGCCUGGUCCCCCAGUGUGGGGAGCGGGAUGACCCCAGGGGCUGCCGGCUUCUCUCCCAGCGCUGCUUCAGAUGCCAGUGGUUUCAGCCCUGGCUACUCCCCCGCCUGGUCUCCCACACCAGGCUCCCCUGGCUCCCCGGGUCCCUCAAGCCCGUACAUCCCCUCGCCAGGCGGUGCCAUGUCUCCCAGCUACUCGCCAACAUCGCCUGCCUACGAGCCCCGAUCUCCAGGGGGCUACACGCCCCAGAGUCCCUCUUACUCCCCGACCUCCCCCUCUUACUCCCCGACCUCGCCGUCAUAUUCUCCCACCAGUCCCAACUAUAGCCCCACUUCGCCCAGUUACUCCCCGACCUCCCCCAGCUACUCGCCCACCUCCCCCAGCUACUCGCCAACCUCUCCGAGUUAUUCUCCAACUUCUCCCAGCUACUCCCCCACCUCCCCCAGCUACUCGCCCACCUCCCCCAGCUACUCGCCCACGUCUCCCAGCUACUCGCCCACUUCCCCCAGCUACUCACCAACUUCCCCCAGCUAUUCACCAACUUCCCCCAGUUAUUCACCCACCAGUCCCAACUAUUCUCCAACCAGUCCCAAUUACACCCCGACAUCACCCAGCUACAGCCCCACGUCCCCCAGCUACUCACCUACUAGUCCCAACUACACGCCGACCAGCCCGAACUAUAGCCCCACCUCGCCCAGCUACUCGCCCACCUCGCCCAGCUACUCGCCCACCUCACCCAGCUACUCGCCUUCAAGCCCAAGGUACACGCCACAGUCUCCCACCUAUACCCCGAGCUCGCCCAGCUACAGCCCCAGCUCGCCCAGCUACAGCCCCACGUCCCCCAAGUACACCCCAACCAGUCCUUCCUACAGCCCCAGCUCACCCGAGUACACCCCAACUUCACCCAAGUACUCCCCUACCAGCCCCAAAUAUUCACCCACUUCUCCCAAGUACUCUCCUACCAGCCCCACCUAUUCGCCAACCACCCCAAAGUACUCACCAACAUCACCCACCUAUUCACCCACCUCUCCUGUCUAUACUCCCACUUCGCCCAAGUACUCACCUACGAGCCCCACAUACUCACCUACAUCCCCCAAGUACUCUCCCACCAGCCCCACCUACUCUCCCACCUCACCCAAAGGCUCUACCUACUCUCCCACCUCCCCCGGCUACUCCCCCACCAGCCCUACCUACAGCCUCACUAGCCCGGCCAUCAGCCCCGAUGACAGUGACGAGGAGAACUGAGGGCGGCCGCAGCUGGCUAGGGAGGGGGCACCUCAGUGCGAUUCCCCACCCUCUUGUACAUAAUGUCUGUGAUGUAGCUCUCCCACCCCGGCAGAGCGCUGGUUCCCAUUUUCAGUGGGCUUGUCUUGUUUUCUCAGUGUGCUUUCUCAGAACCCUCCUGCCCAGUUGUGGUUCCUCCUUCCUAACCCACCCGCCCCAGGCCUGCCCCCCACUGAGGAGCCUGCCUUGCCUGUGGCUGAAUUGGGGCGACAGGGUGUUUCACUUCUUAGAAGGGAGGGUCAUGAGAGCGGAUCCUCCAAAAGAACAAAGCUGAAACUGCCUCUUUUUUUGUUAUUUUAUUUUUUUCAAAUUUAAAUAAAGUUUACUAAUUUUGACCAAAA